GGGAGGGAACGGAUAAUUUUCCUAGGAGCCAGGCAUUCCUGGCAUACAUGACAUGACGAUCCUCGUCGGGGCUCACAACCACCGGGAGCACGGUGCGAGACCGCUCAUGCAUAGUAUUAACGUCGCCCAAUAUAGUAACUCUCUUCUCCAUGACCAUCUCAACGAUGGUUACUAUGCCAGCCAGCUUUCCUCCUUCCUCCUCCAUUUAUAUGCCUUCCAUUCUCUUCUUCUUCCUCCUCUUCUCUGUCUCUCUUCUGCAGAGCAAGAAAGAGGAGAGAAGAGAGAACCGAUCAUCACAGCAAUUACGGGGCCGGGUCGUUUCGCAGGAAUCAUCUUCUCCUCUUAUCUUUACCUCUCUGCAAGCCCCCUCGAGACAAACCCUGUAAUAACUAAGAUAUAUAACUGUUUGUGAUCCUUUUUUUUCUUUUUGUUUCCCGAAUUAUGUCCAGUCACAUCUUCAGGGUGUCGUCCCCGCAACGGGAGAUAGCCUCACACCCAGAUGACCAGGUGGAUGUCGCCUUCUCCAAACGCGGUUGCUGCUUCUGGAUCCCAUUCACAUCCUCUGACCAGCCCUCCUCAUCCUCCAGAGUAUCACCAUGGUGGAGGUGGAUCACGGGCGCCACCACCAAUUCAACAACGACCUAUGACGACCCGUGGUGGACCCGGGGGUGGAAGAAGAUGAGGGAGUGGUCUGAGAAGGUGGCUGGCCCGAAGUGGAAGACCUUCAUCCGCCGGUUUGGGCGGAACCGGGCCAAUAGCCGGUAUGGCGGGCUUGGAGGAGGGGUCGGUGGCCAGUUCAGGUAUGACCCACUGAGCUACGCUAUGAACUUUGACGAUGGGCAGAACAAUCAUCUUGAUGAUGGCGAGUCCCUCCGCCGCGACUUCACAACCCGUUAUGCCUCAAUUCCAUCGUCUUGCAAAGGAUCCAUGGACCUAGGGAGGGAUGGACCCAUCUUUACGUGACUCCCACCUGCACAAUGCUGGCGAACAUGGGAAAGAGAAAGGAGUUCUUGGAGGCCGUUAGUUCCGCUAGUUUCACGCUGCAGUUCACAAGGGAAAACAAUCGAGCAGCCAAAUCCUGUGCAGCCUCAUUGUCUCACCGCCGAAGCUUGAAAGGCCAACCAUAAGAAAAUAGAUACUUCUGGAUAUUGCCGAUGCAGGUACAUCAUGAUUCCCACAUACCAAAAAUUCAUUUGAUCUAAUCUCUCGAGACCAUCACGAUUGGUAUUGUUGAUCGAUAAGGCUCUAACACCUGCAAUAUCAACAAUGCUUAUGGACAUGGCUUUGUGUACAUUGGUUUAAAGCCAUCCCAGGUUUUUCUAAUAUAUAUAUAUAUAUAUAUAUAUAUUUGGCUCAAUUCCUGGUUUUUCUACUUUUGGGAAGGGAAGAUUGGAUAUUGCAUCGACGCAUCCAAUGAGUACAAUGAGAGGAGAAGGAGAAGUGCAAGGUUGAGUUUGACCUUUUGGCUGACGGGGAGGCUCCUAGUUCGUCAUGGACGUAAAAUUGAAAAAACCUUUUCUUAUGUAAUCUUUGUCUUAUGAAGGUUAAAUGUCUUAUGAGGUGGCCUAUGAGGUUCUUAUUGUAGGAAUGUGGAACAGCGGGGGAUGGAGCCCGAGGAUGUGUAUACGUAUAUCUUACUGGACAUUACAUACAUUCAUAUACAUAAAUUUUGCAGUACCGAGGACCGGUUUAUACCU